GCGAUCUACACGCGCUCCACACUAGCAGAACAGACGACUCCCUCCUCCUUGGCCUUCCUUGACGAAGUGUCCAAAGCAGGAAAUGUCAGUUUCGUCGAUGACGACCUUGACCGCUACGAGAUUGGAGGCGACUUGAUCUGGCUGCAGCCGGAGGAUGACAGCGAAGUGCGACACUACCAGAUCUACUUAGCCGAGGACAGCUCUGGGAGCAAUCGCUCAUUGCUGGGCAAUGUAAGCCAGGGUGUGCACGUAUUCGCUGUGCCGCCCAAUACGGCCUUGAUGUCCUUUACACACCUCACUGUCUUUGCUCAGUCCAUUCUGUCGGAGCAGACCACGCCGAGUUCAGUCCUCAUCGUGGACACCAUUGCAAGCGUUGCCAACCUCCGCCUCAUCGACCUGGAUUUG